AUGCCAACUGCCGUGGAAAACGAAUUUGAGGCUGUCUAUGCCGUCCCGUUGCACUGCGAAUCCUGUGUGAAGUCCGUGACCGAGGCCCUGAAGCCCGUUCACGGCAUCUCCAAGCUGGACGUGGACUUGGAAGCCCAAAAAAUCACCGUCAAGGGCCAUGCUGCGCCUUCCAAAAUCAUUGAAGCAAUCCAGAAGACUGGAAAGGACGCCAUUAUCCGCGGGACCGGCAAGCCAAACUCUGCCGCCGUCGCCAUCCUAGAGUCGUUUGAUGAAGCCGAUAAGCAGGCCCCUGUCAAGGGCCUUGCCCGUAUGGUGGCCACCAGCCCAGACGAAAUGUAUGUUGAUCUUACGCUUAGUGGCGUAAAGAAAGGGACGUAUUAUCCAAGUAUUCGAGAGAGCGGUAACAUUUUCAAGGGAGCCCUGACAACAGGAAAAUCGAUAUACGACUUCCCGCCUAUCGAGGCAAAAACCAGGGACGGUGAGCUUUACAAGUGUCAAGAAUUUGUCAAGGUGCCUUUGGGAAUCUCGGGACUGAUUGGCCGCUCGCUUGUUGUUUCGCAUGAGCCAAAGAACGUCUUUUGGGAGAGCCUGUGCGGAGUCAUCGCGCGCAGCGCAGGUGCUUGGGAAAAUGACAAAUAUGUGUGCUCCUGCACUGGCAAGACGAUCUGGCAGGAACGCGUUGACGCUGUGGGUCGCGGAAUCUCGAAUUAACGUAGGAAUGAAUGAUUUACUUAGUAUAGAAACGCAUAUUACACUGUCACGCUGUCGUCAAUAAGGUCAUCCUCCGUUAAUUCGUCCAUCAGCUCUUUCUCGUUGGCGGCCCUGUUUUUUGGGUUAUUGGAGCUUGCUUUUUUCGCCUCGAGCUCGUUCAGCAUGUCGUCGUAGUCCGCGCUGUAGUCGUCAUCCAGUGGUCUUUUCGCACUGCCUUUUUUUACGACGUCAUUAUCCUUCACCAGUUUCAUUUCUGGAGCCUCAGCAAGAUCCAAUUCGUAGUCCUUGUCCCGUUCCUGUUCUGGAAUACACUGCAAGAUCACGAGAGAAAAUAGGAUGAAAAAUAUUAUGUAGCCGAUUAGCUUUCUUUGUGGAGUAGUGAAGUAGUUGCGUGGGAGCAUAUCGACACCAUGACGCUUCGGCGUCAUUGAAUAAGGGCGCGGAAGAUCAUAUUUUUUGCCGUACCCUUGCAUUGCUGAGAAGCUGAGAAUAUUAGACAGAAAAACGAUAGGUUAUGGAGCCCUCCAUAUAAAAGACAAAUUACACCUGAUAAAUUUUCACUCGUAUUUUAUCCUGCUCUCUACAUUUGGACGCUUCAUCUAUAAGGAUACAGAUCAACUGUCCAAAGCAACUCUACAUGAUGAAUAUUUUUGAAAUGGGAAUCUCUCUGACCUCGUUAAACAAACAAUGGAGAUAAAACAUAUAUUUCGUUUCUGACUAGAGCUGCUGGGACAGGUCGAUCUAAUCCUCCUUUCUCGCCGAGGUCGCAGGACUUGUGUUUCCGCUCUCGUCGGCCUUGUUUUGAUAUGCCUCGUGAAGCCCCUUUAUCUGUUUUUUCAGGUUCUCCACAUCAAUUUCUUUCUUCUUCAAAACUUGCUUUAGUUCCUCGUAUUCCACAGUGGAAACACCUUUUUUUCCCCCUUUGCCAACAGCCGUGGCUUGAAUCAGCUUUUCCUUAUUUUUGACCAUGCUCUUUAGAAGAAUGAUGUUAAAGUAGAUAGCAAUGCCUAGGAAAAGAGUACCAGCGGUCAAGUACAUGUUGCGUUGAGAGUAGAAUUUGCGCACCCGCACCUCGCUCCAGGUAGCACCAGCAAUCAUUGUAGGCACUGGUGGAACAUUCCCGGAGGCUGGCAUGCCUGGAUGAUACUCUUUGGGUAUUUUUGGAACGGCGGUUCUGAGAGCAUCCAUGAACAUCAUGCCAAGCACUGAUGCCCCAAAUACCAAUCCUACCUUGACAUUGGGAUUUUGUAGUAACUUAUAAGCCAGGUUGACAAAACCGUCUUGGACCUUGUGGGGCAAAGGCAUAACCAGAAUCGUCAUUAACGUCAUUUCAGUGACCAAUAGGCCAAACACAAUCAUCAUCUGCAAUGACAUGUUGAAUAUCUAAGUGGUGAAGGCUGUCAAAUAUGUGAGAUUGAGGCUGAAAUG